AUGGUGUGCUUGUGCGGAGCUCCGGCGCCGCAGAACGAAGAAAGGCGCAGAACUGGCACCCAGGCAGCGGAAAAGCCGGGCGUUGGCCCCGCGCUGUUCCCCGCCGCGGACCCCUUCUCCUGCAGCUGUAACAAGCAAUCAAAAGCAGCCUACAGUCUCCGGCCUCCUCCACUCACGCCGCGCCCAUCACCGACUCAGUCCGUCCGCAAAAACUUUCCGCCCGCGCGCAGCAGCCGGAACUACAGGGCCGCGCGACGAAAAGGAACUCAGCGCCCGGGUUGCGCGAGGUGCUUGGGGCGGGGCUUUAAGGACUUUGUGGGCGGAGCGCUACAUCAGCGAGAAGCUACUCGGCUCGUCUUGCUCAGUGCCCCUCAUCGCAAAGAUUUUGCGACGGCCGCCACCGAUUCCUCUCCCCACACGACCUCGACUUCGCCGGGCCCUGGGUUGUGA